UUAGUUUUAUUAUGAUCCGGUAUUUGGGUUAGUCACCGGUGAGCAAAGUAAAAGCAGAUCCAUCAAAAAUGGAGGAACAACAUUAAUAUCGAUUUUCAAAAACCAAUCUUCAAUUCUCUUACAACACUCUUUCAUGUUCUUCCACCUAGUUUGACUUUCUUUGUUCUUGUUUUCUUUUAAGGUUUUUAGAACAUGAGCGACAAGGAAGAACCAACCAAGCUAAACGACGAACAAAUCGGUGAACUACGUGAAAUCUUCCGUUCAUUUGAUCGAAACAACGACGGUAGUUUAACUCAACUCGAACUCGGUUCACUCUUACGAUCUUUGGGUCUAAACCCGAGUUCCGAUCAAGUUGAAGCGUUAAUACACAAAGCCGAUACGAACAAUAAUGGGUUAGUUGAAUUCUCGGAGUUUGUUUCACUGAUGGCGCCGGAACUGUUAUCGGAGAAAUCGCCUUACAGUGAAGAACAAUUGAAACAAUUGUUUAAGAUGUUCGAUAGGGAUGGUAAUGGAUAUAUCACCGCCGCUGAGUUGGCUCAUUCGAUGGCGAAGUUGGGACAUGCGUUGACGGCGGAGGAAUUGACGGGGAUGAUUAAGGAAGCCGAUACCGAUGGGGAUGGGAUGAUUAGCUUUGAAGAAUUCUCGAAUGCGAUUACUUCAGCUGCUUUUGAUAAUUCUUGGGGUUGAUUGAUGGUGAAAAAAAUAUAGAGUUAUUUUUGUUAUGUUCGGCUUCGUUUUAUGGUUUUUUUUUUUUUUUGGUUAUUUUGUGUAGUUUAAUAAUGGAGAAUUUUUAAUUUUAUUUUUGGUGUUUAUUAUAGUGUUUUUUCAGAUAAUAGAUGAACUUGUAUGCAUGAUAAUCAUAGAUCUUGCAUAGUAGUAUCGGUUUGUUGGAUUAAGAUCUCCGGAGGCAUCUCCUGUUAUACGAUUUACGGCUUGUGCAUGGUGAUGUCGAUUGAGCUGCUCUGGAUCUGUGUGUUUCGAAUGCUGAUGUCCUCUCAAAGGCUUAGGAUUUACAGUAUUCGGUGGCCCCGACGUGCUCUACGGUGUCAAUGGUGAUCCUCGUUAGUAGACUUGUACGUCGAGAGUACGACAGCUUCACCGAGAUUGUGGUCCCCGUUUGCAUACGGUGACAGAUUGGAAGUGGUGAGACUAAGGUUUGUCUCCUCUCGUGUUGGGUUUGGUCAUUUCAACUCUUGUACUUCAUGUUUUAUUUUCUAGACUUUUGGACCCUUGUAAUCUUUGGAUGUCGAUACUCAUAUCCUUUUUUCUUUUUUAUUUGUGCUUUACCCCUUACGAGUUGGAUGAUCCUUAAGUAAUGUUUUGAAUGCAUAUAGGGUAAAGUAUGAUGUUAGUGGUUGUAUUUGUAUAGAA